GAGCGCGGAGCGAAAUGUGGGAGAAGUGCGUGGGAGUGGGGUGCGGGGGGAGUAAGGUUUGGGGUUUGUGGCAUUGGUAAAGUGUCGGGGGCUUUGUUUGUCGUUGGGGCCUACGAGGUGCGUGCCCCCUUCGCGUUCUUUGUGUGUUUAUUUUCUUUUAUCCCACAACUCCCAAUUCCCAAACCCCAUGCUUUUCGUAUUGUUUUUGUUUUUUCACCAUUUAUCUUUUUUUUUUGCCGUUUGCUGGGGGUCUUAUCAGCCGGGCCACCGUCCCGCACACCACGCCCAACGAUAAAGAGCGACACUGCGAAGGAGAAUGGGAUCCAUUCCCCACACUCUUUAAACAAUCCAUGUUGA